ACAAAGUUGAUGAAGGAGCUUUAUAUAUAAACGCGCCGACUUUUCGCCAUUAUUCAAAUUAACCCUACUGUACGCUCUUAAAUUGUCUUUAAAUCCUUGUUAUUUGGAAACCCUCUAAGUCACUAAGAUGGUAAAGGGAGACAGAGCCGCAUGGAAAGCCAGUUACUUUCUGAAAAUCCAGCGACUGCUUGAGGAAUACCCCAGAAUCUUCAUCGUGGGAGCUGACAAUGUACGAUCUAAGCAGAUGCAACAGAUCCGUGUAUCCCUCCGAGGAAUUGCUGAAAUUCUCAUGGGCAAGAACACCAUGAUGAACAAAGCUAUCCGAGGUCAGCUGUCCAACAACCCCGCCCUGGAGAAACUGUUGCCCCACAUCAAGGGAAAUGUCGGUCUGGUCUUCUCCAAAGAAGAUCCCGUUCUUGUCAGAGACAAGCUUCUUGAGAACAAGGUAGCUGCCCCUGCUCGAGCUGGAGCUCUUGCCCCUGUUGACGUCAUUGUCGAGGCACAGAACACCGGUAUGGGUCCUGAGAAGACCAGUUUCUUCCAGGCUCUUAACAUCUCCACCAAGAUCGCCAAGGGUGCUAUUGAGAUCGUCUCAAACGUGCAUCUGAUCACCAAGGGAGACAAGGUAGGAGCAUCAGAGGCCACACUCCUCCAGAUGUUGGAUGUCAAGCCUUUCGCUUACGGUCUCAUCGUUGAGAACAUCUACGAUAAUGGUGCCGUGUUCGCUCCUGAGGUUCUUGACAUCACCGAUGAACAACUGUUGAGCAAGUUCCAACUGGGAAUCGCCAACGUUGCUGCCGCUUCUCUGGCCAUUGGAUACUGCACUGAGGCUUCUCUACCUCACACCAUCAUCAACGUGUUCAAGAACGUGCUCGCUGUUGCUGUUGAGACCGACAUCUCAUUCCCUGAGGCUGAUACUGUCAAGGCCUUCUUGGCAGAUCCCUCCGCAUUUGCAGUCGCUGCUGCCCCUGAAGCUGAAGCCGCAGUCGAGGAGACCAAGGAAGAAGUCAAGGAAGAAUCCGAAGAAGAAGAGUCUGAUGACGACAUGGGAUUCUCUCUGUUUGACUAACUUCCCCACACGUCCCUUGAUUACGUUUUAGUUUUAAUUUAAUUUAAUUUUAACACAGUUAA